GGCAUAGUCUCUCUAAUCUGUAGACAUAGUGUCGCUAAUUUGUGUUUAUAAUUUUUGAUAAAGUAAAUAUUUAGUUUUAUUUUUAACUUCUCAUAUUUUACAUUUUUAUUGUAUCUAAUAAAAUAAGUAGCGGUAAAACCAACAGAAACGAGUUCAGUAGGUAGUUGAUAUAAUUAAAUAUAACAAAUUUUACAUUCAAAUGUAUGUCAUUAAAGACAGCUGAACUAUUUUUACUUACAAUAAUUUUGUUAUCCCUUUAUUGGGCAAAGCAGAUUCGUCAAAAAGACCAUCAUCAUCAUCUUCAUUAUUGUAAUAGCCGUUAACUGUCUACUGCUGAACAUAGGCCUCCCCCAUAAGGGGGGUUUUGACAGUAGUUGCUUCACUUGGCAGACCGUUAUUUAUAACAAAUAAAUAUGGGAGGUGGAGAUUUGAAUACGAAGAAAUCAUGGCAUCCAAAUACAAUGAAGAAUCAGGAACGCGUUUGGAAGGCAGAGCAACUGGCAGCAGAAGAAAAACGACAUAUACAGGAUUUGCAACGUGAACGUGCUGAAGAGAGAGACCGUGAAGAACUUAAUAGUCUGGCCAGACUUAGCUCUGGUGCAACAGCCUCUGAUAAUCGGCUACAUUGGAUGUAUGAUAAACCUGAUAAAAAAGCACAACAAGAGGAUUACCUUCUUGGGAAAUCUAUAGAAAAAAAUUAUGAUCAACCUGAUAAGUCAGAUCAGGAUGUUAUUCCAGCCGUGGCACGCAGAGUUGUUGGAUCCAGCAUGUUAUCUGCUGCUGGAGAUACUCAAGUAGAUUUAGCACGUAAAAUUCGAGAAGAUCCCCUACUACUUGUGAAAGAACGAGAACGAGCUGCCCGUGCCGCCCUUUUAAAUAAUCCAUUGCAACGGCGUCGUCUCACAGAGUUGUUGAGAAAAGAACAGGAUCAAAGGAAAGAAAGCAAAGAGAAGAAAAAACCUAAAAAGAAAGAAAAAGACUUGGACAAUAUCCUCGCAGCCAAACUCAGUGCUUUGGUUGGAGACAGAAAUGUCAAUAUAUCUACACUCCUUGCUUCGGACAGUUCUACCUCCGAGUCAUCUUCAGAUGAAGAUAAGUCAAGAUCGAAAAAAAAGAAGAAAAAACAUAUAAAGAAAAUAAAGAAAUCUAAAAUUAAGAAAAAAAAGCAUAAAUAUAAGGAUGAUUCAGAAUCUGAAGCUGAUAAGAAGAGUAAAUCAAAAACUAAAGAAAAAAUUAAGAAAAGUAAUAAUAAACCAGAGACAUAUGUUGGAAACGAGUCCAGGAAAAGGAGGAGUGACUCACUUGAUAAUGAGAUUAAAAUUAAGAAACAAAAGACAAGAGAUAACAUAAGUUCAGAGAAAACAGAACAACAUAGUAGGAAUAAAUCUAAUGUUCGUCAUGAUUCCGGUGAAGAGCGUUAUAGAAGGGACGCUAAGGUGGUUUCACCCGACAGGAGGGGAAGAGGCUUGGAUGAUAAAAAACGAAAACAAAUAAUGAGCGAGGAAGAGAAAGCGGCUAGACUGGCAACCAUGGCGGCAGCGGGGGCCGAGCGCGAGGUGCAGCGCGGGCGCCGCGUGGCCGCGCAGCGCGCCGCCGCCGCCGCCGCCGCCGCCGAGCAGCCGCCGCGCCGCCCGCACGCCGCUCCUGAGGCGCGUAGUUUGCCCGACUCGCUCGAAACCAGAAUCCACUCCAACAGGCAUUACAUUCAACGCGAUCGUCGGCAUAUGGACGAACAUUUCGCUCGAAGGUAAAUUGUACCGCUACACCUGUAUUGUGGUUAUGAUUUUACCCAUUUGCACCAUAUUUUUAUAUAACACUAGCCAAUCCGAUUUUGUCCUGUUAAAAUUUCAGUAAAAUUUGUACAAUGCUAUUAGUAUAAGAAAAUUAUGUGAAAUAAAAAGAAGUUUGAUACAAACUUGA